CCGCCAGUAUUUUUAUUUUAUAAAUUUUUUUUUUUUACUCAAGAGAUUUCUCUAAAACCCAGAGAGGAAAUCCAUCUGAACCAGAAGAAACAAAAACCCUCACCAGAUGGACGAACAGGAGGAUCCACAUCUUCCAAAUAUCAAAGGGGAACAGGAGGAACUUCUGAAUAAACAGCUAGAAAAUGAACAACGUGCUGAGGAUGUAAGGAUAAAAGAGGAACUUGACCAAUACUGCACCAGUCGGGAUGAAGUCCAGCUCGUAUUGAAGGAGGAAACGGACACAUUGGUUAUGAAUCCUGCUUGUGAAGAUGGAGACAUCAGGAAGCCAGAACCACAUAGACACAUACCCCAGAACUCUCUUGGGGCUGAAGACCAGGAAAAGGGACGAAAAAGAAAAAAGGCAGGACUGUGUAAAAGUCCCAAAACAAGGUCAAAGAGGACAUGUCAGAAAUCCAGAGCACAAACUGACGUUGCACAUGGUUCCAAGAAUAAAAAGCGUAAAACGUUUCACAUCCAAACAGGACAAAACUUGUUUUCCUGUAAAGUUUGUGGGAAGAGUUUCACCCAGAGUAGCCAUUUAAAUAAUCACAUGAGAUCUCAUGCCAGUAAGACACAGCAUCCAUGUGAAGUCUGUGGUAAGUUUCUAAACGACAAAGGCAGUUUAACUGUUCACAUGAGAAUUCACACAGGUGAGAAGCCCUUCACAUGUCCCACCUGUGGGAAAAGUUUUGGUGCACGAAGCAGCUUCAUUGCCCAUAUGAGAACUCACACGGGUGAGAAGCCAUUUCCCUGUCCGAGCUGUAAGAAAUGCUUCAUUGUAAAAAGUCAUUUAAUAACUCAUAUGAGAAUCCACACAGGGGAGAAACCUUUCCAGUGUAUUACCUGUGGGAAGAGUUUUGGAGCGAAAAGUAAUUUAAAUACUCACAUGCGAACUCACACAGGAGAAAAACCUUUUUCAUGCAUUAGCUGUGGGAAAAGUUUCAGUGUUAGGAGUCACCUGAUCACUCACUUGAGAACACACACAGGUGAGAAACCAUACCCCUGUUCUUACUGUGGAAGAAAUUUUAGUUUGCGAAGCCACUUGAAUGUUCAUAUGAGUACACACACAGGUGAAAAACCUUUUCCAUGUGCCGCAUGUGGGAAAAGCUUUAGAGUAAGGAGCAGUUUGACCAUUCACAUGAGAACGCACACUGACGAGAAGCUGCACAGUUGUGAAGUGUGUUGUAAAGGUUUUACUCAGAGUAGCCGUCUGGCUUCUCACAUGAAGAUUCACACAGGUGAGAGACCUUUUACAUGUCUGAAAUGUGGGAAAGGUUUCAGUACAAAAUCAUAUCUGAAUACACACAUGAGAACUCACACAAAAGAGAAAUCCUACCUGUGUGUAAGCUGUGGAAAUAGUUUCAGUCGAAAAAGCAAUUUAAACAGACACAUGAGGACUCACACUGGCGAGAAACCAUAUGAUUGUGAAGUAUGUGGGAAAUCCUUUGGCUGCAGCGGCAGCUUGACUGUUCAUAUGAGGUCUCACACUGGUGAGAAACCCUUCCCAUGCGUAACCUGUGGGAAAAGUUUCAGUGUGAGAAGUUAUCUGAUAAUUCACAUGAGAACUCACACAGGUGAGAAGCCGUUCCCAUGUGUUACUUGCCGAAAGAGCUUCCUAUUGAGGAGCCAUUUAACUCGUCACAUGAGGGUUCACACCGGUGAGAAGCCGUUCCUUUGUACAACCUGUGGAAAAGGUUUCAGUGUCAGGUGUCACAUGAUGGCUCACAUGAAAACUCAUAAAAGUGAAAAGGGUCUCUGAUGAGUGGGCUGUGGGAAAGUAGUUCAAAGUAGUAGGACUAUUAACCCUUUAAAGCCCGAUCCAAGAAUAAAACAAAACAGAAAAUUACUUUUUUUUGGUUAGAAGUCCUUAUUUGGUCUUUUAACAAAAUAUGUAAAAAGAAAAAAAAC